CGGUUCUAAUUGGCGCUGUUGUCCGCGCAACGUUUUCUCGUUCUCGCGUGCUGUUCGUUCUGGUACGGAUAUUCUAUUCACGAAUAAUAACUGAUGCGACGGCUUUCUUUUUCUAGUACAUGUCACUCGGUAUCAGUGGUUUCUUCAUAAGUUAUUUGUUUGAUCCGAAACGUGAAAAUUCUACUCGAUAACCUAGCGAUUCUUAUCCUCAGGCGGUUGUUUCCCAUUGGCAGGUGUUUCAUCGUUAUAACGGCUGAAAUGAAUAUUUUUCUUUGGAAAGGUCAUUUCGCUUUGUCCGAGAAAUUGCAACCACUCUUCGUUUGCUCUAUGGCAAAGUGUUAAAAUACACUGGCAAUUGAUCAAAUACACUUCACGAAUGAAUGCGAGCGACGUGCAAUCUGUAGUUAGCAAAAGUGUGUGUUGGUGAAUCAAAUUUUAAACGAAAUCGAGAAAAAAGAUGUACGACAGAAGGUAACGAUUAAAGAAGAUUAAACUAUGGCCAACAGAAAAGACAAAUCGUCCGCAGGUUUUCUGGAUACAUGGUUCGGUCGGCCAAAAAAAUCUGGGCGUGGAGGUGGGGUCAGAAGUGGUUCGGGAAACAACACGAUACCCCGGCCCCACUCCGGCGAUGAUUUCAACGAGAUCGAACAACAACGUUGUAUCAUCGAGAGGAUGGAUAAAGAAACGAUGAACGACAAAUUCGAAGAGAUGUUGGCCAAUAUGAAUCUCACCGAGGAGAAGAAGGAACCGUUGCGACAGCAAUCGGAAACGAAGAAGAAGGAAAUGUUGGUGCUGCAUUACAAAGGCAGCAUACAGGAGAACAGGUCAAAGUUCGACAAACCGGCGGAUUACAUACAGUAUUUGGCACAACCCGACUUGAGCGUAAACAAAAUUUAUAACUGCGUCGAAUCAUUGAGAAUAGCGUUGACCAACAAUCCUUUGAGUUGGGUUCAGGAGUUUGGUACGAAAGGAUUGAAACAGGUUUUAGCCACGCUCAACGAAUGUUAUAGGAACGACAACAGAUACGAGCGCAUACAGUACGAAUGCAUCCGAUGUUUAAAGGCCAUCAUGAACAACACCGUUGGCAUAAAGGAGAUGUUGGCUCAUCAAGAGGCGCUUACGAUUGUGGCUAGGUCGUUGGAGCCGACGAAGCCAUCUGUCAUGUCCGAGGCUGUGAAACUACUUGGAGCCGUUUGCCUCAUAUCUAGCGAUAGUCAUAAAAAAGUUCUGGACGCGAUCACCAUGAACGGCGAAUUUAAAGGAAGAGAGAGGUUUUUACCGAUAGUACAAGGACUGAUGAACAAGAAGAACGAAAAUUUAAGAGUGGAGUGCCUUCAACUGAUAAAUUCCAUAAUCUCGUCGGCCGAAGAACUGGACUUUAGGUUACAUUUACGAAACGAAAUUAUGCGAGUCGGUCUAGCGGAUAUUUUGGAGACAUUGGAAAAAGACGAGUCGGAGGAUCUGGCGAGGCACUUGAAGAUUUUCAGCGAUCACAAGGAAGAGGAUUACGAAGAGUUCGUACAGCGAUUCGAUCACGUUCGAUUGGAGCUGGACGACGUCAAUGAUUGUUUCGAAGUGAUUAAAAAUAUGGUGAUGGAAACGUCCGCGGAACCUUACUUCUUAUCGAUACUGCAACACCUGUUAUUCGUCAGAGAUGACGCGUUAGUGAGGCCGGCCUACUACAAACUAAUAGAAGAAUGCGUGUCGCAAAUAGUGUUGCAUCGUUCGGGCUGUGAUCCAGAUUUUAGCGCGACAAAACGUUUUCAAAUAGAUGUACAACCGCUAAUAGACACUCUGGUGGAAAAAUCACGAGCAGAGGAGGAAAGAAGACUGGUCGAAGUGUCGCAGAAAUUAGAGGAAGCAAUAGCGAGAAAGCAAGAGGCCGAAGCGAAACUUCAGCAUGCGGAAAACAAAAUCAGGGAGUUGGAACAAGGAUCGGGGAGGUCGGGUAGCGGUAACGUGAAAGGUGGUACGAGUGCGCCGAUUAUGUCUGGAUCAGGACCUCCUCAUCCGAUUUUAAAGGCCAUCAUGAACAACACCGUUGGCAUAAAGGAGAUGUUGGCUCAUCAAGAGGCGCUUACGAUUGUGGCUAGGUCGUUGGAGCCGACGAAGCCAUCUGUCAUGUCCGAGGCUGUGAAACUACUUGGAGCCGUUUGCCUCAUAUCUAGCGAUAGUCAUAAAAAAGUUCUGGACGCGAUCACCAUGAACGGCGAAUUUAAAGGAAGAGAGAGGUUUUUACCGAUAGUACAAGGACUGAUGAACAAGAAGAACGAAAAUUUAAGAGUGGAGUGCCUUCAACUGAUAAAUUCCAUAAUCUCGUCGGCCGAAGAACUGGACUUUAGGUUACAUUUACGAAACGAAAUUAUGCGAGUCGGUCUAGCGGAUAUUUUGGAGACAUUGGAAAAAGACGAGUCGGAGGAUCUGGCGAGGCACUUGAAGAUUUUCAGCGAUCACAAGGAAGAGGAUUACGAAGAGUUCGUACAGCGAUUCGAUCACGUUCGAUUGGAGCUGGACGACGUCAAUGAUUGUUUCGAAGUGAUUAAAAAUAUGGUGAUGGAAACGUCCGCGGAACCUUACUUCUUAUCGAUACUGCAACACCUGUUAUUCGUCAGAGAUGACGCGUUAGUGAGGCCGGCCUACUACAAACUAAUAGAAGAAUGCGUGUCGCAAAUAGUGUUGCAUCGUUCGGGCUGUGAUCCAGAUUUUAGCGCGACAAAACGUUUUCAAAUAGAUGUACAACCGCUAAUAGACACUCUGGUGGAAAAAUCACGAGCAGAGGAGGAAAGAAGACUGGUCGAAGUGUCGCAGAAAUUAGAGGAAGCAAUAGCGAGAAAGCAAGAGGCCGAAGCGAAACUUCAGCAUGCGGAAAACAAAAUCAGGGAGUUGGAACAAGGAUCGGGGAGGUCGGGUAGCGGUAACGUGAAAGGUGGUACGAGUGCGCCGAUUAUGUCUGGAUCAGGACCUCCUCCGCCACCUCCGCCGCCUCCUCCGCCUGGUGGUGCCUCCUUACCGAUGGGAGGAGGACCGCCACCUCCUCCGCCUCCGCCGCUUCCAGGUAUGGGAGGACCACGUCCACCUCCGAUGCCCGGAUCCAUGGGACCACCCCCACCACCCAUGCCUGGUAUGGGUGGACCACGACCACCGCCACCGAUACCUGGAGGACCUAUGCCACCGCCGAUGAUGUUCGGUACCCCAGUCGGUCCGGCUGCUCAACCGCUACCCUACGGACUGAAACCGAAAAAGAAGUGGGAAGUCGAUGCUCCACUGAAAAGAGCGAAUUGGAAGGCCAUUUUACCGCACAAGCUUACCGAAAAAUCGUUUUGGACGAAAGUGCAAGAGGAUCGGUUAGCGAGUCCCGAGAUACUGGACGGAUUGGCACAAAGGUUUGCGUCUAAACCGACUGGAAAAAAAGUCGACGACGUCGUGGACAAGUCGGCCUCCACGAAGAAAGUGAAGGACCUAAAAGUUCUCGACGGCAAAGCCGCGCAAAACAUACUUAUACUUUUAAGUGGCACUUUGAAACACGCGUCGUACGAGGAGGUUAAGUCUGGCUUGCUGAAGUGCGAAGGAGCCGUUAUCUCGGAUAAUAUAUUACAAGGAUUGAUACAGUAUUUACCACCGCCCGAUCAAUUAUCCAAGUUGCAAGCUUACAAGGAUCAGUACGAUGACUUGACGGAAGCCGAACAAUUUUGCGUUACCAUAUCGACGAUCAAAAGGCUGUUGCCAAGACUGAGAUCGUUGAGUUUUAUGCUGCGGUACGAGGAAUUGGUGCAAGACGUGAAACCAGAUAUUGUAGCGGGCACGGCGGCUUGCGAGGAAGUGAAGGGUAGUAAAAAGUUUGCGAAAAUUCUUGAACUGAUCCUACUGCUCGGCAAUUACAUGAACUCUGGCUCGAAGAAUGGUCAAGCGUUUGGAUUCGAAAUUAGUUUUCUCACAAAGCUGACCAGCACGAAAGAUAUCGAUAACAAGCAAACUCUUAUGCAUUAUCUGGUGGACACGAUAGAACGAAAAUUCCCGGAGUGUCUUAGCUUCUCGGAAGAGUUAUCGCACGUUGACAGGGCGAGUCGAGUCUCGUUGGAAAACGUUCAGAGAACUUUGCGACAAAUGGAUAGUAACAUACGAAAUCUCGAGCAAGAUCUGUCGAACGCCAAAAUUCCUCAAUCCGAAGAGGAUCGAUUUGUCGAAGUUAUGGGUCCGUUCGCGAAAAAGGCACGCGAAUCGUACGAGGUUAUGCAGAACAUGUUCAAAAAUAUGGAAACGUUGUACAGCGAAAUUUCCGAAUUUUUCUCUUUCGACAAGCAAAAGUACACGAUAGAGGAGUUCUUCGGUGAUAUAAAAACGUUCAAGGAUGAUUUCGUCCAAGCGCAGAGGGAAAUAAUAAAAUUGAGGGAAGGCGAGGAAAAGCAGAGGAGAGCGAGGGAAGCGCGCGAGAAGGCCGAAGCGGAGAAAGCGGCUCGGGCAGCGCGCAAACGCGCGCUCGUCGACAUGAACGCGCACGAAACUCAGGAAGGCGUUAUGGACAGCUUGAUGGAGGCACUGCAAACUGGUUCCGCGUUCAGUCGACCGGAUCAACGACGCAAACGGCAAACGCGCGCCGCUGGUGGUAAGUUGUACAGGACUGCGUACUCUUCGACGAUAUCUAUGAAGAAGGAGAACCUGACCAGCACGAAAGAUAUCGAUAACAAGCAAACUCUUAUGCAUUAUCUGGUGGACACGAUAGAACGAAAAUUCCCGGAGUGUCUUAGCUUCUCGGAAGAGUUAUCGCACGUUGACAGGGCGAGUCGAGUCUCGUUGGAAAACGUUCAGAGAACUUUGCGACAAAUGGAUAGUAACAUACGAAAUCUCGAGCAAGAUCUGUCGAACGCCAAAAUUCCUCAAUCCGAAGAGGAUCGAUUUGUCGAAGUUAUGGGUCCGUUCGCGAAAAAGGCACGCGAAUCGUACGAGGUUAUGCAGAACAUGUUCAAAAAUAUGGAAACGUUGUACAGCGAAAUUUCCGAAUUUUUCUCUUUCGACAAGCAAAAGUACACGAUAGAGGAGUUCUUCGGUGAUAUAAAAACGUUCAAGGAUGAUUUCGUCCAAGCGCAGAGGGAAAUAAUAAAAUUGAGGGAAGGCGAGGAAAAGCAGAGGAGAGCGAGGGAAGCGCGCGAGAAGGCCGAAGCGGAGAAAGCGGCUCGGGCAGCGCGCAAACGCGCGCUCGUCGACAUGAACGCGCACGAAACUCAGGAAGGCGUUAUGGACAGCUUGAUGGAGGCACUGCAAACUGGUUCCGCGUUCAGUCGACCGGAUCAACGACGCAAACGGCAAACGCGCGCCGCUGGUGGGUUCCGAUCCGAGGGUGGCCACCUGCCGAGGAAAGCUGCAAAACAAGCGCAGCAAGCUGAAUCAGGAGAUAAACAAGGAACUUCGAUUGCGAGCCGGCGCAGAGAACUUGUUCAAGGCGACCACGAACAGAAAACUACGGGAAACGGUUGCUCUGGAGCUGAGCUUCGUCAACUCGAACUUGCAGCUACUGAAGGAGCAGCUCGCCGAGUUGAACAGCUCGGUCGAACUGUACCAAAACGUUGACAGCGAUGAACCGGCAAUGCCGAUGAUACCGUUGGGACUAAAGGAGACCAAAGACAUCGACUUUCGGGACCCGUUCAAGGACUUUAUUCUCGAG